AUGUCUUCCCAUUCUCUCCUCCACGUCUCCACAUCUCUGCCUCUCCACGCCCUCUCCUUCUCCACGCCUCUCGUCUGCCUCUCUCGCCUCCGCCUCUCAGUUUUCUACAUGUUUCAAUUGUGGAAGGGAGAUUUCGAAGUAUAUACGGUUUUGAAUCGGGAAUUCAGAGAGAUUGAACCAGGAAAUCGAANCGGGAAAUCGGAAAUUUCGAAGAGAUGGAUUCACCAAUUUGAUUCACAAUCAAGGAAGCAAAGGGAUGAAGAUACUGAGGGAGUUUCAACUAGCUACAAUAAUGGCUACAGCAAUGCUGCUAUGAAUGGAAGUGGUGAUAAGGGGUUAAUGUUGCGGGGUCGAUGGAAAAUCUUGAAAAUGAGGCGGAAGGGGAAGGGAACUCGCACGACGGCAGAGCAGCCUGGAAAACUAGAGGAGUCGUCAAUCAAUCAAUCAAUCCCGGAGCUUCAACCUCCAACGGGACCGAUGACUCAAAUAAGAAGGACCGAAAGCCCUAUACUGUUACCAAGUCGCGGGAGAGCUGGACUGAUCCUGAGCACGACAAGUUCCUCGAAGCCCUUUAGCCAACCAUUUUCGAUGGCACCUCAAAAGGCAAUUGAAACGAUUGGAAAAACCUUGAAUCAACAGCACGAGAGAUGGCAGCCUAAGUCAAGACUGAAGAAAUUCUCAUUCAUGAAUAGGUUGAAAAGAAAGGCAUUGAGGGCGAUUCCUGAUUUCUUCUCUAACGAAGAAGUCGAAGACAUAAAAGAGAGAUUUGCUAAGAUAGACACUGAUAACAAUGAUAUUGUUUCAACUGAAAAAACUGAAGGUUGGAUUACAAAGCUUCAAUUCACAACUGGCAGUCUGAAGUACAAAUGCUUAUUGAAACUUUGCAAAAAGGAAGAAGCAAAAGGCUUGCUUCAGCAUUGA